AAUGGGCUAAACUUAAACUCAAUAAUAAGAAGAUAUACCCAAUGAGUAUGUGCAUUAUUUGUCAAAGGGUAAAUUUAUUAAUCCUAUACAUUUAGCUGCCACUACUGCAGCUCAUCACAUAUAUGGUAAUUAAGAAGAAGUUCAAUUCUUGGUUCGAUGUCCCAAAUGUAAAAGCCACUAGUUCGACGAUCAAUUGGGGAGGGUAACCAAUUGUUUUUAGUGCAAACUGAUCUUUUCUGUCAAUGAUGGCCAGAUCCAAAUCAGACAGGAUUCCACAUUGCUCGAAGACAAGAGAACCUUUCAGAUAACUGAAGUACAGCUUCCUCAACUUGAAAGCGUCACCCUCUAUGUCAAUAGGUUUCCCAAUUUAUCUACUCUAGAACUAUACUUGAUCCAGCACUAAUUAAAGAUAACGUGAUAGACUUUUAAAGAUUGAUCAAAAACGUACUUUUACCUUUCUUUUCAGUACGUCAACGAGUAUUGGAAUCAGGAAUCAAAUUCUCAAUAGGAUCUUUUGAAUUUCGAGUAGUAGGUGGGUUUCCAAGUAAAGGAAUAAUUACUAAACAAACAUAAAUAUACUGUUAUGGGUAUUACACUCAAGACACCACAAGGAGAGUCAAGAUUUUAUCAAGGAAGCCUUCGUCCCAAUUAGAUUUUGAGAUCAAGUCUUACUUGAGUGCUAAUCCCAAGGAAAAUCAAUUGAUAUAGGAUUCAACCAUCAAAGUCAACUCACAAAAAUUCCUGAUUUUGCAAUGUGACAAUGCCUCAGGGAAAAUCGAUAGAAACUCUGUAAAUAUUGACUUUAUUCAUUUUCAGAUCAUUGAGAGCAUCCCAAAUGUGUAGAAUCUGAGAGAUGUUAAAUUAUGCUGCAUAAAAUGUCCAGUAUAGUAUUCACACUCCCGCAGAGAUCGCGUCAAGGAAGCAGUUAGGAGGGUUGUCAUUCAUUCUUACUUCUGUGGUUUUACUCGAUUCAUAGAGAAGGGCCAGAUCCUGAGAAUUUCAGAAUUCGAAUUUUAGGUACAUAUGUUCGAAGAUCAUGGACUGGUCGUUCCUAAUUACACUCAAAUCGAUAUUGAUUUGAUCUCACCCAUGCAGCAACAAUAGAAUAGAUAGUUUCAAUAGUUAUUACCACCUAGUUUGGUACCCAGUAGGAGAAAUGACAUCCAUAGACAACAUACUCAAUAGAUUGAAGCACUCCAUCGAUUGUUAAACACAUUCAUUCUUUUGAAUGAGAAUUAACAAUUACUACUUUAACUCAGAAACACUAGAGCUUCUGAAGAAUUGAUUAAUUUAUUGCCAGUGCGUUAAAUUACUAUAGACUUCAUAAAUUAACAUUAAAAUGAUGACAAUCUCAUUAAAUGUAUGAUUUGUUUGGAAGAUUACUAAGAGAAUCAAUUUGUUCGUACUAUGCCAUGCUGUAAAAAUAUACAUUCAUUAUUCUCUAGGGCAUUUCUUCCACCAAGAAUGCAUUGACAAAUGGUUACACAAAAGUACCCUCUGUCCUAUUUGUAAAACUGAAGUGGAUACAGAAUCAUAGAUGGAUGAAAUUUCGAUAUGAG